AUAUUUCCCCGUUCGUCUCGGCUCACACCGAAGAAAACCUCUCGGCCUCUACUUCGCCGCGCCGCCGCCCUCCGGGACAGGCGUCCGCCCCUUCGCCCACCGGAGUACGCCGCCUCGAGCCCUUCACUCGCAACCCCGAGCUAGUUCCCCUUUCCUUUCCUUGACCGGCUCCAUCCGGACUCGCCGCAUUUAUCCUUUUUUCUUCUUUUUCCUGGUAAUAUGGAGUGCUGUAACCCGCAAGAAAAUACGGAGUGAUGUGGGAGUGAGCUCUCCAGUCAAUUGGGCGUGUUUUCAGGCUUUCAGCUGAACCCUCAUGUCCGGCAUUAACACUUAGCUACAGUACUACACUCUUGGCAUUGGCAAUGAGGAGCUUGUUUCAGGCGUGCUACCACUACCGACGCCUCGCGUCCUUCCCUCGCGCUGCCGAAGCUGCCUCACCUGCCAAUGGCUAUGAGCCAUGGAGGAGGUAUAUUUCCACAAGCACCAGUAAGGUUCUACCAUGGGAGGCGUCAUCCCGUGAAACGCUGUUGAGGAAGAUUGACAGUGCUAUGAAGGAUGGCAAUGUUGAAGAGGCGCUGCAAUCAUUUGGAAAUUACAAGAAGCUGCACGGUCUUCCUGAACCACAGGUGCUGAAUAGCGUGAUCGUGUCGCUGUCCUACAUGUCUAGUCGGAGGUGGCUUCAGAGGGCAUUUGACAUGGUUCUCUCAGUUCAUCAAAUUAACAGCAACCUUCUCAACUGUGACUCCCUGAUGAAGCUAGCAUUGGCGCUUGCAAGAGAUCAGAUGCCUGUUCCAGCCUGCACAGUCCUGAGGAUCAUACUUGAGAGUGGAAAGCUUCCUGAUGUUGAUAUGCUGAUCUUGGUGUUUCUGCAUAUGUUGAAGUCUCAGGUUGGAUCCUAUCUUGUCACUGAUGUUCUGAUUGAUACUUGUGAGAGUUUCUUGGACCAAGUUGCAGACAGACGGGAAAUGAAAAAACUGGAUCCAAUAAAAAACAGUGCCACCUUGUUCAAUAUGGUUUUGGAGUCAUGUAUGAAUUUUAAAUGCAUUAUCAAAGCUCAGAAAAUAAUGGAACUGAUGUCAUUGGUCGGAGUUGUGGCCGAUGUAAAUACAGUGGUGAUCGCUAGCCGUGUCUUUGAGAUGGUUGGGCAACGAGAUGAGUUGAUACAAAUGAAAAGAAGCAUCGACUCUUUGAGAUCUUUGCCAUUUCUUCAGUACUAUCAGCAUUUUUAUGAUAGCCUAUUGAGCCUGCAUUUCAAAUAUAAUGACAUGGAUGCUGCUGCAAAAUUUUUAAUCAAUCUGCAUCAGCAACGAAAACCUAGUGUUUUCUUUUGCAAUGGUUUACAGAAACAAGGUGUCAUACAAAUUGGUUCUGGAAAUCUGAAAACCGGAUAUAGAAUAAUGUUUGAUCCCGGAAAAGUUGACAGAGGUUUCAUUUUAGGUACAGAAAGCCAAUUUGGGCUUGUUGUCCUUACUGAUGGAAAUCUUCUUCAUACUGAAAAGGCUCUUGCUAAACUUAUUGUAGGCUGUGUGAAUUCAAGGAAUAUGCAUACACUAUCUAACAUUUUUAUUAUAUUACAUAAAGAAGAUAUAGAUGUAAUUUCUCUUCCAGAUGUGGUUAAUGCAUGCAUUCAAAUGGGAUGGUUGCAUGCUGCUCAUGAUAUCCUAGAUGGUUUAGAGUCAGCUGGAAUCCAAGUCGGUAUUGCUAGUUACAUUUCUCUUUUGAGAGCAUAUGAGAAGGAGAAUAAGUCAGAAGAAUUCAAUGGGCUUCUCCAGCAGAUACAAAAGAUUGCAUCUACCGUGGAUGAUAUUCGUACUAAUUCACCAUUUACCAUCAAGAAUAUUGCCAAAAUAGUGAAGGAUGAAAUACCUCUCACUCAUUCAUCUCUGUUUGCUGCUUUGGCUGAAGAAAUGAAACAUUACAACCCUGGAGAACACUUGACAUUAGAGUUCAAUAAUUCGAUUCUUUUCUUCUGCAAGGCAAAGAUGAUGGAAGAUGCGCUCUGCACAUAUAAGCGUAUGAGAGAGCAAAAUAUCAGGCCCACUUCUUAUACUUUUUGCCACAUAUUGUGCGGUUAUUCUUCAAUGGACAUGCAUAGGGAGAUUACCAUGCUCUGGGGAGAAAUAAAGCGCAGACUUGAAUAUGGAGAGCUAGAUGUGGAUAGGGACUUGCUUGAUUGCUUGAUUCUGAAUUUCCUCAAAGGUGGGUAUUUUUCUAGGGUGAUGGAGGUCAUUGAUUACAUGUCAAAACAUAAUGUUUUCUGUGACAAGUGGAAAUACAGGCAUGUCUUCCUGAAGCUACACAGGAACCUGUAUAGAAAUUUGAACUCAUUGCAUGACAAAACUGAAGCUCAGAACAAAAGGAUUGAAGAUGUCCGAGCUUUCAGGUCAUGGGCAGGUAUUAGAUAAAUAGGGCUACUGACCAUUUUGGUCCCUCAAGUUUAGCAAAGGUUCGCUUUGGGCCCAUAAUAUUUAUUUUGAUCCUUUGCAUUUGCAAGUUGGGCAAAGACAUCCAUUUGAUGACUUGUGGCGCCAGUUGGUUCUGUCGGACCAUUCAAAUCUGCUGCAGUUGCCAAAUAGACCGAAGCAUGGAGGGGCAGUAUUUCUGGCUAGGCUGGCUUGAGGUGAGAAGCAGGGGCACUGAGCUGUGAUCUCUUAUGCCCAGAGGAGCUCCGAUGUCGUGGCAGAUUUUCCCAUGGAUUCCCACGAGCAGUUGUGCCAAGACCAAAUUUAUUUACACGCAUGGUGGCUUUACACUGGAUUUGUCAAUUUUUGUUGUAUCCCUGGGAUUGUCAUAUUGUGCUGAGUUUUUGUAUGAUUCGACCUCAUGCAAUUUCUGGACAGAAUUUGAAUUCAUUGGCUGGUCAUCGAAUGAGGAAAUCACAAUUGGGGCUUUAAGUAGCUUAGUAGAGGAAAUCAUCCAAAGUUUGAGGAUAGUUUAUCGAGAACUUGUACAGUGAUUCUCUGUAUCUUAACUCUUAAGCGAUGUUUGCGAACCUUGCAAAUUAAAUUAUGCAAUUUGGGGAAAUACAA